AUGGAUCGACGACUGAAAGCUCUAUACUUCACUUCGCCGUGCAGGUUCCAGGGCGAUGUAUUUCGCAGAAGGUACAUAAUGCGACCUCAUGUGUUUGACCAAAUGAUGCAUGAUGUCACCAACCACGAUCCGUACUUCGUGCAAACUGAUGAUGCCUCCGGUAGAGUUGGUUUGUCUAUCGAACAAAAGCUGACUUGUGCUAUGAGGAAGCUUGCUUACGGGCUUCCGGCCGACUUGUGUGAUGAGUUUCUAGACGUAGCUGAAUCUACAGCUUUGGAGAUCUUGUCGCACUUUACUAGAGCAAUCUGGAAUGUGUACCACAAGCAUUACCUUCGUCGACCAACUCCGGCAGAUUUGCAGCGGUUGCUAGAUGUUGUCGACAAAAGGGGGUUCCCUGGAAUGGUGCAAAGUCUCGACUGUAUGCAUUGGCAGUGGAAAAACUGUCCAACCUCAUGGCAAGAGCACUUCAAUGGUUAUAAGGGGAAACCCACAAUCAUUCUGGAGGCGGUCGCAUCAUACGAUGCUUGGAUUUGGCACGCCUAUUUCGGACUUCCAGGUUCCCUUAAUGAUAUCAAUGUACUUGGAAUGUCUCCAUUAUUCAACGAAAUAUGCACAGGUAAGGCUCCUCGAGUUUCGUACCAUGUAGGUGAUAGAGAAUAUGCCCAAUGCUACUACCUAGUCGAUGGGAUCUACCCUAAAUGGGGUUCUUUUGUGAAAACAAUUAGAAAUCCAAUUACCCCAGAGCAAGCUCAUUUUACAAAGAUGCAGGAGUCAUACAAAAAAGACGUGGAGAGGGCAUUUGGAAUUCUCCAAGCUCAUUUUGCAAUAGUAAGAGGACCCGCCCGUGGAUGGGAUAGAGAGGAUCUCCAAUACAUCAUGAUGACCUGCAUUAUUUUGCACAACAUGAUUGUCGAUGAUGAGCGUGAAGAAGAUGAAGAGUCCCCUAUUGACACAGAUGAUAUCCCCACCAGACCAAGGAAAGCACAAAUAUAUGAGAGGUAUGAGGAUGAUCAUUAG